GCAUGCCAUAGAUGUUGCGUCGCUCUGACUUUAACUUUCAGUUUUGAUUCUCUUAAAGCCGGGGACGUUUCUGCAGCUGUUGUUUUUCCUCCUAAAGACACUUCGACAGCAGAAUUGACCUUCAGAUAUAAAGAAAUCAGAUCAGAUCAUGACUGACAUGACAAAAAAUGGCGAGGCUCCAAUGGGUCUGAAGGUCCCAGGUGAGGAGAACCUUCAGCUGCAGGAGGCAAAGAAAGAGCUCGAGGAGUGGAAGAAUAAAACAAAGGAGGCGGAGAAUAUGAAGGCCAAGCUGACUCUGGAGGAACUUAAUGAAGAGGAGGUGAAGACGAAGGCUCAGGGGGAGAUGAUGGCUCUGUCUUUUGAGCAGAAGCAGUUGAAGGAGGAGUUCACAAAGAAGCAGGACGAAGUGCAGAGGGAGAUUAACAAUCUCAGCAAGCGCAAACGUGAUCUGAUGGACCAACUGAAGGAACACGAGGACCAACUGCUGAAGAGGAAGAGGGAGUUCUCCAAACUGCAGGAGAAAUUUAAGAUCUACGCUAAGAUUCCAGACACGGAGGUGGUGUUCACCGGUCAGAGUGACGAGCAGGUGACGGACGAUGAACAGCCAAUCAGGGCAGAGUUUGUCAUCAGUCAGAGACCGUCUGUUCUUCUGGAGGGAGGUCAGGCGCUCAUCACCUUCGAGGAGGAUACAGUCGCGGCCAAGAUCCUGAAGAUUGGGAAAUUUUCUGUGUCCUGUGAAUCUGAGAUCCUGGAUUUGAAGUCAAAGAAAAUAAAUCUGGAUCCUGCUGUCAAGUUUGAGGUUCACCUGCAGGUGUCCAGGACGCAGCUCCGUGUCUCUGAGGUCCCCCACUCGAUGCCUGAGGAGAGGAUAAAGGACCGGCUGAUGAUCAGUUUCUGCAGACCGAGCAGGGGAGGAGGAGAGGUGAAGGAGGUGGAGUACGACCAGAACACUGGGACAGCAUCCAUCACCUUUCUCCACCCAGGAGUUGCAGACAGUCUGGCCCUGAAGGGGGAGUACUUUGUGGAUCUGGACUCUGAGGUCAAAGUUCAAGUUGAACCUGUUGACAAGUACCAGCUGCGAAAGUUUCAGACGUUCUGUGGCUUCUCGGAGAGAACUGUUCUGUUUGAGGGGAUCGUGGAUGUUCUGGAUCAGGAGGACCUGCAGGAUCACCUGGAGAUCCACUUCCAGAAACCCCGGAACCACGGAGGAGAGAUCGAGAAUGUCCAGUACGUCAGCGGAAAGACAGGACAAGUGAGGGCCUUCUUCACCUGCGAGGAAGAGUAGGAGAUGCGUGUGUGACCUCCUCCUCCACGCCUCACACCUCUUACCUGUGUGCUCCGAGCUCAUCAGGAUCACGUGUGUGUUCCUCACAGAUUUAUAUCACUAUCAUUAUUAUCUCUCUGAUUGAUGCAGAUACAGAUUUCUGUUUAUGUUUCUCCAUAUAUUCAAACACUGGGUUCAGUCCUGUUAUCUGAAUGUCUCUGUUUCUCUGUUUUGAUCAUUAAAGUUCUGAAUCAUUAA